UAGUGGUGCCCUCAAGAUUUAAGGGACACUCAUCAGAUCGCCAGGUCCAAGAGAGAAGUCACUCGAAAACCGAAACCCUAACAAUACUUCCCCUCGCCGCCGCCGGUAGCAAGCAUGGUCGGGAUGGCCCGCGCCAACCGUGGUUUUUUCUCUGGAAUGCCCAAGCCCAUUGAUAGUAGGUUUCUCAGGUUCGUCAACCACAUUGGCCUUGAGGAAGUCUCCAAGAUAUUCUCUGACAGUGUUGAUUUGGAUGAGACGAGGAAGGCCUUUGCGAAGAUGGUCAGCGAUUUCAAUAGCAAGCCUCUGGUGGUAGACGGGUACGACGAGGAGCAUCAGGAUCUAGAAGACGAAGACAUGGACGAGAGCGACAGCGAGGAGGAGGAGGAGGAUGAGGCAGACGGGAAGGCAUGCGAGCUGUUUGGUGAUACAAAGAGAGCUAGACUUCAGAAAACAGUACGGGCUCCUAUUGAAGAUGAACAAGAACCAAAGAAGCCAAGAAUAGCAGAAGGUCCAUGCGUCCAAGGAAACAAAACUGAAGCUGCAGGGAUAAAGGAUUCCUCUCAGCAGGAUGAGGAAACAAACAGGGAACAGCAGAUUAACAGUUACUGCAUCACAACUGGCUCCAUUUCACUUCAGUGACACGUGAAUGCUGCAAUUUGGAAUAAUAGCUAGUAUCGUGGAUCUUUGUCUAUGCAGCUUACUUAUGUAGUAUUUUGUGCUAUCUGAAUAAUGAGUAAAUUGUUUUGUGCUUUAUAAUGUCGUGGAUGCCUAA